AGCAGAUAGCUUAAGGUCGGCUCAGGGUCAAAUUCAGUAGCUGGCUACAUAUCUAUUUACAAGUAGUUGUAGUUUGCCGGUGGCAUGGCGAGCAUGCGGCCGCCGCAGCCGCAGGCCAUCGCCAAGGUCUCCAUCUCGGCGCUGGUGAUCUCCCUGCCCAUCAUCUACAUGUCGCUGCUGCGCGUGCCGCCGUCCGCGCUCGCAAGGGAUUCCACCUUCUGGUUCCUCAUGUCCCACUCUAUCAUCGCCAUCAUCGCCGCCGACUCCGGCGUGCUCUUCUUCAGCCCCGCCUCCCACCACCAGUACGACCACGACCACGACAACCUCCCCGACGUCGUCGUUCGCUGUGAUCAGCCGGUGGCGACCGUCCAAGGGGACUACUGUGACGCGACGUCGGUGCUGCUGAUGGCACCCCACGAGCCAACGGCACCGGUCGAUAUAUCCACUAGUGUCGUCGCAGGAGGCGGUGACCAGCCGUCAUGGACUGGCACGGAGGAGGAGGGGCAUGCGCUGGCUUUGACCAAAGGUGAAGGUGCCGCGAGCACGCCGAAAACUGACACGGACCAUACGUCGGUUCUUGAUAAGCGUGACGAAGAAGAAGAAGAAGCGCCCGAACCAGCUAGCACCAACAAGAGCGAUGCAACGAUGGCGGAAGGCGAUCAGUGGGCAACACCACAAGCUCAUAUUACAGUAACACCUGAUGAUCAAGAUGAGGACUCCGUCGAAAAGAUGAAGCUCCGGUGCUCGGCUACAGAGGAGACCGACAAGGUGCCGCCAUCAGAGGAGGAGCGCGAGUAUUGGCAGCUGAGCGACGAGGAGCUCAACCGGAAGGUUGAGGAGUUCAUCACGCGGUUCAACCGAGACAUGCUCGAGCAGGAAGCAGCAGUCUGCUGAUCGACUAUACACUAGCGACUUGAUUACCUACCUGUAGCCAGAUAUACUUAAGGAGUACUAGUAGUGUAUCACUAUCCAUGUACGUAUAUAUGAUCGAUGCUUUGUACAAAUUUUAUGGAUAUAUAUGGUAUUCUUUA